AUGUCUUCACCAGUCUGGUUCAUCACAGCAGCUUCAUCAGGCUUCGGCCAUGAUAUCGCUCUUAGCGCCCUUAAACUCGGCCACACCGUCAUCGCCACAGCACGCAGCACAUCUCGUGUCCAAGACCUCGCCGACGCAGGAGCCCACACCCUUGCCUUUGACGUAACCUCCCCCAUCUCAGACCUUGAAGCCAUCGCCAAAGAUGUCUACGCCAAACACGGCCGUGUUGACUACCUCAUCAAUGCCGCCGGGUACAUCCUAGACGGUGCAGUCGAAGAGGUUUCCCCGGAGGAGCUGUACAACUCUUUCAACACCAACGUCUUUGGCAUUUUCAACACAAUCAGGGCUUUCCUCCCGGGAAUGAGGGAGCAGAGUGUUGGUGAAAAUGGACGUCGUGGAGCGGUUGUUACCUUUGGAAGCAUCGGCUCUUGGAGCGGCGGCGCGACAUUCUCUGUCUACUCCAUGGCUAAAGCCUGCAUGUCUUCGCUCGCAGAAUCUCUACGGGAGGAACUAGCGCCUUUUAACAUCCUCGCUUCAGUCGUUGAACCAGGAUAUUUCCGCACGAGCUUCCUCAACCCUGGUGUCAAGGUAGUCACCAAGAACCGCAUGGAUGUUUACAACGAUAAGAACACGCCUACGGGUAUGACGCGCCAGGCUUUGGUGGCGACGGAUAACAAUCAGCCUGGAGAUGUCAAGAAGGGAACAAAGGUCAUUGUCGAGAUCCUGACGGGAACAGGUGUUGGAAAGGGAAAGGAAGUGCCUGUGAGGAUUAUUCUCGGUAGUGACGCGGAUGCGUUUAUUCGGGGAAAGAUUGGUGAGGCACUCAAGAUUCUGGAUGACUGGAAGAGUGUGACUGUGAGCACAGAUCACACAGAGUAG